AUGUCUCGCGGCUCGCAUUUCCAACGCGGGCGCGCGGAGCAGCGCGACCUCUACGCUGACCUGGGAGUCGCGGAAGGAGCAACAGACGCUGAGAUCAAGCGUGCUCACCACAAGCUUGUGCUGAAAGCACACCCUGAUAAACAGGGCGACCCAGCUGAAUUCCGCAAGGUGCAAGAAGCCUACGAAGUCCUGAUCGAUCCUGAACAGCGCCAGAAAUACGACAUGAGUCGUGAAGAAGAAGACCCUGGCUAUGAUGAUUCUGACAGCUACUAUAGCGACGGCGAAGAGUUUCAACAGUACCCCGCGGCUCAAUCCUAUAGCAGUUUCGAGGAGUACCUUAGACGAGCGCAAGAGGAUGCUAGGGCCAAGAGGGAGUUCAAGGAACGCGAGGAACGGGAGCGCGCAGAGCGGCAGGAAGCCGAACAGAAGCGACGGGCAGAUGCCGAGGAGAAGCAGCGAGCCCGUGAUAAGACAUUGACCAUCGAGCGUGAAGAGGAGGCUCGGGACAGUGUCAUCGCGCGUGAGGACCGGCUGCACGAGAAGCUUAUGAACAGCAGCAAAAAGAUGAAGCAGACCGUGUCUCGCAAGAACUGCUCUUGCCAAGGCUGCCGCGACCGCUUCAUCCGGGAAUCGGACGAGAUGGAGAAGAAGAAGAGAGACCCAAAAGGUCACGCAGAGCGUGUCGCCCUCCGCGAGAAGAUUGCCUUACGCAAACAGGAGGAAGCCGCCCGAGAAGCUCGUAAAGAGGCCAAACGCCUGGCGCAAGAGCAGCGCGCAGCCGAGAAAGCCGCCUUCGAGGAGGCAAAGGCGCAAGAGAAAGCUGCCAACGAGCAAGCUGCCCGAGAGCGCAUACAUCAACAGAUCGCCGAGCAGAAGGCGAAGGAACAAGCUGUCGCUGAGGAAGUCGCCAAACGCCGCAAGCUCGAACAGCGUGCUAAGCGAGAAGCCAAAAAGGCUGCCGCGCGCGAGGCCAAAGAGGCCAAAGCGAAGGAAUCUGUGGAGCUCAGAGCUAGAGAGGCAGCCGAACGUGAAGCCGCAGAAAAGGCCCACCGUCUCGCCGAGCAGGAAGCGCUCGAAGCUACGAGGCGCUCGGCUACCGAGCAGGCAGGAGACCGACGUGCUAAGAUCCAUUGCAAGCACGGCAAGAACUGCAAAUAUCUUGCAAACGGAACCUGCGUCUACGGGCAUCACGAAGACCCGCCUGCCAACAAUCCUCUGACGGGCUCACCAGCAGACCAGGCGCAGUCCCAGCCUCCUUGGGAAUCCACAAAAGCAGGAUCUACACCUGCUUCUUCGAGCAAGCCUAAGACUGUCGAGCAGAAGACCGGCGAAUCUGGCGACCCUGCCCCAUCGCAGGCCACGGAGCAGGAGAACGCCCCGCCUGGCCUUCUGAAGAACCUCUCGUCCGCAGCCAAGCUCAAGCUUUCCAACAGCUACAUCCAGACGACAAAGGAAGCCGUCGUUCUCAAGCUGCUGCAAGAAGGCACCCACGUUCCCGCCGAGGGCAUUGCCGUCGAUCUGGGCUGGACUAACGCAGGCUACGCACCCGCAUGCUUCUUCUGCAAGUUCAAAAAGCUCAAGUACUCGUUCCGUUGUCCUCAGGGAGAUGCGGUGGCUUGUGGGAGGUGCAAGAAGAGGCUGAGCUUGGUGACGCCCGUCGAUGAGGCGUUCAUGACUAUGGAGUGA